AUGGGAAUGGCGGGACGUGUGGUGGUGGAGGGUGCAGCUUACCCCAGAUGUGUGCUGAUCGAGGCGUACAUUCCAGCCUCAAGCGAGACGAUUCAGCUGUACGUGUCGGUGGACGAACUGGAGCGCCUGUUUCGGGAUGAUUCCGAAAAGUUGUGGGUGGGCAGGAAGGAGGACAUGGUGCUUGAGCUUGUCAAGAUGCUGUACUUUGACUACACGCUGGAAACUGAGGAGGCGGACUCGACGUUACCUGAUGGUAUUCGGUUCACGUCGUAUCACUACUCCGACCGAGAGCCGUGGACGUGCCUCCACGCUCUUCGUGAUUCAGACUUCGACCUCCAUUGGGAAAGUAGGAACACCGGCGCCGGGCCUGGCUUCCCAGGGGCAGAGCCGACGGCGGGGGCGGCAGCAACACCAGCCAAGAUCGGAGACGAGCAGUCGGAGGGUACCGAGGGCACAUGUGUGAGUGCACAGACAAGAGGCGGGUACCGCGGCGAAGGCAGUCCCUCCGACGCGUGCACCAGCGGACCUAUACACGCCCACGGUACCAGCUCGAACGACAGCAAGUCAAUCGCCACCGCUGGGCCAGCCCGCCGAGUGGCAGGGGCGUGCAGGGCCGCCGCAGCUUGCACGCCAGCCGAGAGAGCGGUGUGGAUUACACAGCGUCUGCAAGUUCGGAACACGCAGAACAUGCUCGAUGUCGACGUGGCGGCGUGUGGUGAACUGUCUGAUGGAGGUGGUGGAGGUUGUGGCGGCGGCGGUGGGUCUGUAGCCGCUGGCACCGUUUCUGGCCAUCCCAUCAAGUCCCGAAACGGACCAGGGGCGACAGCAGCAACGCAAGGACGCAGUGGGCGCAGCACGCUUGAUGCAACUGUGCAUUCGGUGGCAUCCCGAAAGUGGCACUCAAAGCGAGACGCGGCACAGACACGCGGCCACAGGGCAAACGCGGCGGGACCGAACAGGGCCAAGCGAAAGACUCGGGUCAGAGCUUUCGACGUGAGGAUCGAAGAGUACAAGGAAGAGCGCCGACACGCGGAGGAGGCCAAGGAGGCCAAGCUCCAGGCGUGGCUAGCCGUCAAGAAGCGAUUUCGAGGGCUUACCCUCGGCACCGUGAUUCAAGUUUCGGGUCGCCUGCUGACGCUCAUGGUCUACGAGUUCCCCGACCAGCCAGGCAACCUGAACGUCGUUUUCACGACCCCUCCAUCGGGCGCGACUUUCCGCCUAAGCCUGGGCAUCGGCGCAGUGGCAGCUCAGGCACGGCAUGUAUCGGUCGCCUCGUCUACGGAUACCUGGACCCUUAGACAGAAACGGAAAGUCAUAAAGAAAGUAAUCCAGAACAAUUCAAAGCUAGUGCUGGUCGAGGAGGACGAGACCAGGGAUCGGGCACCAGAGAGGCGAGACAACAGAUUUCGCGCUUUUAGCGAUGUUCGACCCUUCGAAACAAGCCGUCGUGAUUACAACGGCGAAGAAGUAGACGCCGAGGCGUUUUCGAUGGAGAACGAUCCGUGGAACGGUCUCUCCGUGGGCGGCGAUGGGAUCAGCAAACACCGUGCUUGCGGAGUCCGACAAGUUUUCUGCGCUAUCAGGUGCCUAGGGCGAGACAGCACGGCAGCGUACGCGCGCGCGCUACCAACCGCGUCCCGGGGGUUCACCCGCCCGUGCAAUGCCCACCAGCUGCAGCAGCCUAGCCCAAAGGACCACCGCCGCACCUUCUCUCUUAUGUCUUCCCGGUCGACGCACACGGCAUUGGUCGGUGUCGCGGAGCCAAGCGUUGGAGUGGCUGUGGGUGAUCAAGUUUCCGGCACAGCGAUGCAAGGGAACCCAGCAUCAAGCCAUGGGGUGGACGGCAGUGCUGAUAACUCGUGGAAGGAUCUAACAGACGACGAAAGUGAAGGGGCUACGAGGAGUCGAGAUGUGACGGAGAGGGCAGAGACAUACGGAUGCGGCGUAAGGGUGCGAAUACGCCCACGACCAAGGAGGGAGUGCGGACGCGGGCGCAGGUUGUGCGGUGGGAUAGCGCGAGUGCGUGGUGCGCGGGGUAUUUACUCUCUGCUGCGGGGUAACUGGGCCGGCGCUGAGGAUGACUAUCUGCUGGACUGGUAUCAGCCGAAUGACUUUCGCCCCCUGAGGCAAGGGCCAAUCGAGACUCACACGGCCUUCACGCUGAAGCUUCUCGCUCAAGAUUUGAACCUUCUUACCGAAGGCUCGGACGUCUUUCCCGCGGCGGAGGAGUGGUCCUCCAAGCGGGACGUCGCCACGACCACAUUCGGAGGCGCCCCUCCCACGCGCGAUGGCGCAAACAAUUCCACCGGUGCCACGACGGCAACAACAGCACUGUCAGACAACGGUCUGGUAGGAAGGGGAGAGGAGACCAGAAAAUUGGCUCUAUCACCGGGGGCCGCACAGGCUGAGGAACACGGGGAACCAAAAGCAAGAAAUAGGGAUGGCGCUGUGCCGCCGCUGACGGAAAGCGAGGCCUGGGAGAGGGUCGCACGCGAGAUUUUGCGCAAGUGCUACUGGGGCAGCGAUGUCCAAGGUGGCGUUGCCGGGGACCCGACCAUCGUCGCCACACGCCCGGACUACGACCAGACAACUUCGGGGCAGGAUCAGCCUUCCCUCGAAGAGUGCAUCACGUCUCAGGCGACAAGAACGCCUCCGAGCGGGCUCAUGACGGAGACGGCGAUGGGGCAGCCCGGCCGACCGUUGGCCGGAGUUCACACAGCCGAUGUCCGACUCGUAGUUGGAACGUGUGUUUUCCGCAGGGUAAUUAAGGUUAUGGGUUUGGGCAUCCCUCCCAUGUACCUCUUGGUGGUCGUUUCCCAAUGGCAUGAUGCCCUCGUUGUGAGAUGCUACGACUUCAUCGGCGGCGAAAUCAGACAGGCAGAGCGGCUCGACCGUUCGAGGGACUCGGCCCUCAUCUCGGAGUUCAAGGUGAUCUCCGGACGGAUGGGCUCAUCGCGGCGCACCAUGCCCUAA